AUGCGCCUCUCCGCCGUUCCCCUUUUCUUUCUCCUGCUCUCAGUAGCCUCGCAACCUUCAGUUUAUUUAAAAUUGCAAAAUGACGAACCAAAUUGUUUUCACAACGAUGUUGCCUCCGGAAUCUUGAUCCAAAGUAUUUCUCUUUCGAAAAUUAAUUAGACUGUGCUAUUCAACAGUUUCCUACAGACUUGAGCCUUUUGUCGACAAAAUGAAAAUAAAGCCAGAAUACCAGAAGGAACUUUCCAUCAAAGUAGUCAUGUAUGACCCCGAAAACGAGGUGCAACUCUCUCGCGUUUGUUGCUGGGCUUUUUUGAUUUUCCAAAUUCUGUCUAGGUUUACAAAGGCAAAGGUCAAAUAUAUUACACCAGUACUCGUUCCGGAAUACACAAGGCUUGCAUAGAGCCUCUUUUUUCCGACCCGCAUGCAGUCAAUACGAUGGUUUUUUCUGAAUUUUCCUACGAAAUUUAAAGAAAGCUUACCUAGAUAUUAAAAACGUUGGUGCGCAUAACUAUACAGAAGUCGCGAUCAAAGAAAAAUUGUCCAAUCUACAGCUGAAGCUUCGACAUACCCAAGAUCAAGUGCGGCUUAUAAUAAGUCGACAACGAUAUGCUGAUGUGAGUUUCGGAACAUCCACGUACUUCUCUCUAUAGAGAGAGGCCUCACUAAUCGCUUAGAUCAAAUAACAUAUUGCCUUAUUCUGUUUCACACUCCACACAGAUUAUUUGAGCCCGUGGAAGUAGAAGAGUCCAUAGCAGGAGAGAUACGAAUCCUGUUUCCAGUUUUUAGUAUUUAUUAUUUUUUACUUAAUUUAUUUAAGGCGUUUACUACUAUCUCUUAAAGGCUUUCAGUUUCGCACAAAGUAUCCUGUUCCUUAAUGCGCGUAGACGUCGCAUACAUAUAAUCAUAGCUCAGGGUCGCAUCUACUUCCCUAGUAGCCAUUCCAUAGCGAGUUGACGGCGGUUCGGUGUGAAAAAGUCGCGAUACGGUGCUAUGCAGCUGCGGGACGCCUUUCCUUUGAGACCUUUCCCUUAUAGCACCUACGAAUGCUCUUUUACGCACCUCCCAUCUGAUUUAUUACUAAACGAAAUAUGUUAGCCCCACCCCCACCCCAUGAAAGUUGAAUGAAAACGUUAUGACGAAGUAAAAAGUAAGGUUUUAUUAUAAAAAUAUAAAAUAAAAUUAUUAUUGGCGCUACUCUUCACGCGGCCGCGACGAGGAUGGUUCUGUUGACGGUUCUGUACCAACUAUGUGUAAUAAAAGUGUAGCUUCACUAACCAUCAGAGUUAUCUAAAAUAGAAUCCGGCUAAGAACUUCGUUUUCGAAGGGCGUCCAGUGAUCUCUUCAGCCGCCUUGUGAAGGCGGCCUCGAGUUCAUAAACGUCGACCCUCCCUCCUUUGUUCCAGGUUGUGUAAACGUCUGUUUGACAUGCAGGGUUACAUAUAAGCAAGUGCCUACCCUCUAUUACGUCAUAUACCUGUGAACCACACAGGCCUUCCUUUGUCUUUUUUCCUCUGAAAUUCAUGUGAACAGUAGCCUCGUCGACAAAUAGGGCAUAAAAUACCCUCUUCACGAAGUCGUCGGUGUUACGCCCACCGAGGCAUACCAGGAAGUUUGUCUAUGAAUGUCGUAAAAUUCGAUAAGCCUUACCAGCUGAGACUUGACCUGAGGGUCAUGCAGUCUACUGUUUAGCUCCAGGAAGUCGGACUUUGUGCAAAUGGGCCGCCUUAGGGGAUUGGUAGGUAAGGCGGCCUCCGAGCUUUCUGGGGCAGGCUGUCGACGAUUUUCAUUUGCCUGCAUGGUCUGCAGGUUCUCAUGGAUGCUUAAAUUGCUCUUUAUGAGCCGCGCCAGUUGUUUACGCAUAAAUUCAAUCGUUUUUCCCUGUCGUCCCAUCUGAGACUGCAUAUCAGUAAUCAUAGCCCGGCAGGACGGGUCAUGGCAAACUACAAAGAAAAUUAAUGUCAUCUAGCAUUACUCGUGUAGUUUGGCGGUCGUCGUGCUGGAAGGGUGUCAACUGAUUCUCGAUCGGACUCUCUUGUAUCCUAAGCAGAAUCGUCGUAAGUAUAUGGAAACUUACUGCCGGCGACAUUGGCGGCUCGCCAAGUUCCCGGAACCGCUUAUCAAAUGGAUUGCGGCGUUGUCUAGUAGACCUUCGCCGACCAUUCUCCUUGUCACUGGAAGAGGUAGCCAUGGAUGUCUACAACCGCACAGAGAAAAAUACGAGUUAGUAGCUUCACCUAUAACUACGUCCACCACAUCCCAUGAUGCUUGUUAACCACUAACUAGGUACUGUGUGGUUAUAGGGUCAACGAGCGUUGUCUAUGCAGAGGACGGGAGUGAUAGUGGCCAAGGCUGCUUGUUCAUAGCCUAAUAUUUUCAUUAAUAAGCAUGAGUUAUCUAGAGGAAAGCAAACGUACUUAGAGAAGGUCACGGGAAAGUGUGCACAGUCAAUUAUUUUUGAGAUAUCACCUGUGUACACCUGUAUGGCUGAUGACUCUGCAAGAUACAGGAAGCAAUCAGCGAUGUUAGUGAAUUCGCUGUAUACUGGUGAAUCUGUCCUGUUCUGUCUAGAAGUAUGUUCUUUACACAGACUAUUUUGUCGCCGAGGGUUAUGCACCGAUUAGCUGAGAAAGUAUCCACUCGAAAACCGGUGCCCACUAUGCAGGUGAACUGUUUUUGAACAUCCAUGCCCUCUGGAAUCGGGCCCCUAGUGUGCUUACGCAGAAGCCGAAAUUGUUGACCACUGUGCGAGCACACACCUUGUGCGUCAAAUUCACUAAGUCGCCUAGCUAUUUGCUGUAGCGGUCUGGAUGGACCAAGUAAGAGUCUCUUCAGUCGACGAAGGUAACUCUCAAAUGGGAAGGAUAAAAUUUGAAAUUUCAAAUACGACCGAAUAUACAUAAUGAAAGUCUACCGGGUGCCACUUUAGCGUGAAGGUCCAGCAAAUUAAAUCGGACGUAAUGACCUCCGAUGGUCACCCCAAUCAGCCUAAUUUUAGCUUUUAUUUUCGGUACAGUUUUUAAGUGGGUUUAUGGGCAGCUAGAAAAAAGCAACGACUGUUCUGGCCACAUGCACUUUGCAUUUUUUCCAGUGACCAAGGUAGAUUUAGCAAAAAUUAGUUUACUCUAGGUGGUCAUUUUUAUUACAAUUGUCCUUCAAGUCCGUCAUACCGUACGCAUCCAUUGAGGCAGAGCUCUUAACGCCUACCCUGGUUCUCCACAACGAAACACUGGAAUCACUAUAUGAGCUCUUUUGUUUGACUUUGAUUUUUAACUUUUUGAAAGUAGGCGCUCACUUUCCGUCUACAAUGGCAUAUCGUUUAUCCGUAUGCCACUUAAUCGAUUUUUUCCUCUAGUCACUACGGCUACGAUUUAAAGCAUCACGACAGCAUCAAUAAGUCAGCCUUCAAAUUGAUAUACCGUUGUUUUAGGUUUAUUUAACUUUUAUUUAGCAAACCACGCAAAAAUGCGCGCACACAGCACAGAUAGUCAUAGAUAGAUUGACCGAAUGAAAGUACAAUAAGCCAGAAACAGCGCUGUGUCAGUUUUUCCCCGUCUUUGUCUAUGCUGACCUUGGCCGAAUUCGUCCUGGUAGGUGAUUUCCUUUUCUUGACCUUUCUAAUUCCCAAUUUAUACGCUUGAGGAAGCCGAUAGUUCAGCCUAAACCCAUUCCUGUGAGUAACAAAGGCCCCAGUUGUGAUUUUGUAAUCCAUGUUAUCUCGAUACAACUAUUUGACGAUUAACUGCAAACACAAGCUCGAACAUGUGUGAAACAUAACAGCUGCUUCCUAAUCCAUCACCAUACAUUCACUACAUUAGUAUGCAGUCGCACUAGUUCCUGUUUUUAUACUGUCUUCCUUUUAACUCCUUAUAUUAAUCAAGGUUGUGUCAUUCUUCUGAGUUAUUCACGUAAACUUGUACUUUGUUGUUUGGAAUUUCGACCCAUUAAUAUAGGUACUGUUGCUUACAUUCUCUUGAACCACACUAAACACCACCUUAUGUGUUUAUCAGGAAGCAAACGUAAUAAGCAGCAGGACAUGUGCGCAGACAAUCUGGAAAAAAAAUAAAUCUUAAACGCUUUAGCUUGUUGCAGCAUGUUUUGUGAGAGGUGCAGCUUUGCGAAUUGAGGAUCGAGGACCCAUUUAACCGUGACAUCGUGCAGUUCUUAGUAAAGAUGUUAUGUUUACAAUCUUCCUAACCUACGUAUUUUUCGGCAACUUUUCAAGACUAAUUGGAGAACUGUGCAGUCUUUAACACCAAACCUUUCAGACUUCGACUCUUAUGUCUUUAAGGACUUAAUGGCUUGUGACACCCGCAUUAGCUUAAGCUUCGGCCGUUAGAUUUUUCUUGGCGCCAAAAUACGUUAUUCAAAAUGUGUCCGCUUUGCCUUGGUAAAGUGUGUUGAGUCAAGGCUAGUUUUAUAUAAUUCCGUCUGUAAUUUGUGAGGAUAAAAUUGGAACUGUGAAAAUCGGACCAAUCAACUUAGGCUUCCGCAGCCUCUAACCUAUAAUUACUUCCCACCAGCACCAGCCCCGCCUGAUGAAGGGACUAUGAUGGGGCGCUAGGAGAGGUACCAAGAAGCCGUGGUGGGGCAAACCCCCGGUGCUGCCUCUUCUUGCCCCCACUCUGGAAAAAAGCGCAGGAGCGAUACCGAUUUUCCUCGCAAUCCUUGCCACCUCAGACCUUCGUGUUUUAUUGCAAUGCUCCGAACGAACCAGAUUGACGGGACACAAUGGUUGUAGAGAAUUUGUAAAACCAAAAAGGUAAAAAUAAUAUGUACAAUAAGUCGUGCCUUGUCACGGUACAUAUUGAGCGUGGCUGUCGUUAUCGGUAGCGGGUUCCUGUGAGAAAAGAAAGCAGGUGGCAAGAUAUCUUGAAGGCUGUGGUAAUAAAUAAAUGGCGAAAAAUCAUACUACUGAAGUCUGCCUUCUAGCAAUGUAUCCUACUGUGCAAAUCAGUAUGAAGUAAAACAUUAUGGAUAUAAGCAGGUCUUAAACAUAUGAAGAGAGGCGUUUUUACAGUGUCUUUGGAUGUAGACAUUGUAAGAUAAGGUGCGGCCAUGGUAGUGUAGACGGGAAGCUGAAAGGAGGUUAGAACGACUCGGGGCAAUUAUUUUACCUUCGUAGUAGUGUCCCGACUUUUGGCUCUGCCACAAUAUUUGUUUCGCACUCCCUGAAACCAGUCAGUUGCACCCUCGCGAUCGGAGUCUGUAGUGCAGUCGAAGGCGGCGUGUUCACGAAUUUCAGCUGAACAAGUACACUUAAAUAUAUAACGUACCAAUGAGGAGGCAAUAAAGAGGGUUGCCGACAAAGGCCGGUUUUUCUCUUGACCCGCCCCAACAGAAACUGAGGCAUAGGGGGUGGCCGAGUAGAGCAGUCAGACGAUUCCCGACAAACUCUUUCUCGUUUCGGCCGCCAAUGACGGCCAGACGUUUUAUCUGUAAUCCAUCGAAAAGAUACAUAAGCAUAAAUAUUUACAUAUCGUCACCUGAGCAAGACCUUUCUUUAAAUGCUUUUAUAUAUUAUUGUGCAUUUGUCGAAUUAACUACUCAUUUUAUCACCUACUUGUAACGUUGUGCGGUAAACAUGCUCAAAUAUCAUUAGCUAUGUUUACUUUUGUUUCGCGAAGUUCCUCUUAUUAUGGAACUCCUACUCCACUUUGUGCACUGCUCAUACGAAAGCUUUACUUUGAAACGAAAGAGGAAAUGUUCGGUUAUGUCUUUGUUUCCGAAGGAAAUCUCCUUUGUAUUUAAAAUCUUAGAACUUAUAAUAGCAUUUCCAUGCCAUUUUGUUGGCAUUUACGUAGUUGUUUGUAACCCGUCUCCCCUCAUUAGUAGUUUAUAUCACUUCGUUCUCCGAACUACCUUGCCACCAUUACUAGCAGCUGAAUUGGUCAUGCGGAAAGAUUGUAUUAGUUGUAAUAGCAAUGAAGAUGCAAUCCCACGUAAGGCGUACUGAUUGCUUAGGAAGAACGUUAUCAUUAAGUUGCUUAAUAUUAAGUGCGGGUGUCCACAAAGUCAAAGUUUGAUUGGAAUUUAAACAAAGUUACAUACAAUAUGUUGGCCACUAUGGUGUGUGAGUUUACGAAUACACUGCUCUUUACUUGCCCCUCAACGCCGAGUCGAAAUUCUUCUUGUGGUAUUCCAUGACAGGAUUUGUUGCCUUUCUUUUGCUUGUUCAACUUAAAUCCCACUCCAACCAGCGUCACAAGAAACAGAUUUGGAACCAUCGGCCAAUAGUCCGCUUCUCAGAAAUUCUUUCCUCGAAUACUGAAAGUUCCGAUUUGCAGAUAGAGAUAGAAAUGAGUGCCAAGAAGGAUACAUCCUUGACAUAAGGAAUAAAUAGGCAUCAUCUUGGGAACUGACCAGAAGGGGCACUUCAGUGUCUAUAAGAAAUCUCAAAAUACUGCACUCCAAAAUUACAUUUUCAUUGCCAAAGCUUAUAUCAUUUUCAGACACGCGAGCGACGUUUCAGGCAAACAACAGACGCCAUCAGCCAGAAAGUCCUUCUCUUUGGAAUUUGGCAUGUAUUGACUCUGCUUGCCAUUGGAUACUGCCAACUGAGAUCACUGAGGAACUUUUUUAUUGCCAAAAAGCUUGUCUAG